AUGAAUGGCAUUGAAGUUACUGAUGUGAUUGAAAAGGUACUUCACAAGUUCAAGUAUUUGGAUUUCAAUAUUGUCAAGAUUCCAAUAAAUGAAGGCAAAAGUGUCUCACAAUUGGAUUAUGCUAGAAGUAUCAUGCUUCCACGAAGAGUAGUCAGAGUUGGUCCAGCUAUGAAGAGUGUUGAGGAACAAGAGUUACCGAAUGCCCUAGAAGUGAAAACCCAAGAAGAGAUAAAAUAUGCUGAUUUUCGUGAAGCUAUCCGGAUGUUUAGUCAAGUUGCAACCUAUCAUGUUGGGCAGGGAGAUAAUCGACACGAAGUGGUUGAUACUUCAAGGAUCCGUGAACUCUUAAGGAUGAACCCACCAAGCUUCACAAGUUCAAGUGUCACUGAGAAUCCGGAGAACUUCACUGAGGAACUUAAAAGGGUAUUUGAUGUGAUGCAGUCAAGCAAGGAAGGCAAGGCAGCUAUGCUGAUAAGGGAUAUUGACUUAGAAAGAUUUAUGAUCCAUCUACAGCAAGUUGAGGAGGAUAAGUUGAAGGAUAGAGAAGAGUUUAAGGAUAAGAGGGCUAAGAUAGUAGGGGACGAGUUCAGGCAGCAAAAGAAUGAUGCUAAUCAGUCAUCCCUCCCACAGAAACAGAAGGGACCUGCUCCACUAUUUGCUAGUGCACUUGCACCUGAGAACAAAGAUGGGUACAAUAGAAAUUCCUAUAGUUUCAGGGCUAGACUUGCAUAUCCUCAAGGCAGUAUGUGUGGUCAGAGUGGACAUUUCAUGCAAGAGUGUCCAAAGAAUAGUCAAAGUAGUGGAAAUCUAGGCAAUAGGGCCCAAGCUUCAUCAGUUGCUUCCCCAGACAGGAUGGUACCUAGAGGAGCUAUUUCUAGUACUGGCGGAGGAGCAAACCGCCUCUAUGCAAUCAACAGUCGCCAAGGGUAA